UUUGAUAAUUACGCGUGUUCUAACUAAGCAGGGUAUUAUGUCGAACGUUUGGUUUUACCGUCUACGUCAUCAACACGUUAACCCCAUUGAUCCAGACAUUCGAACAGAUGGCGUAGAAGACGUUAAGAGACUCGCAUCGAAGAAGUGUCCUAAACAGAUGUUGUACAGUGGCCAUGAUGAUAGUGCAUCUUCUCUUAGUCUUCGAAACAGUGAAGAGUCGAAAACGGGAGACACGAACACCACUGAUAGUCUUGACAAUGUGUCACAGCAGAUAACUAGGGUACGGGUGGAGUUUUACGUCAAUGAAAACAGAUUCAAGGAACGUCUUCAGCUUUACUUCAUUAAAAAUCAGCGUUCUAGUUUAAGGAUAAGAAUUUUUAACUUACUGCUGAAGUCACUUUUGUGCUUGCUCUAUGUUCUGAGAGUUGCUUUAGAUCGAGGACCGAAGUAUGCCAAAUG